CCUCGCUUAAUUUAUUCUGAAUUUAUUCUGAAUCAUUCUGAAAAUGACUACCUAUUAUUGGAUUAUAGCUCAACAUUCUGGGAAAGUUCUUGAAGUUAAAGAUGGCUCUUUUUGUAGUUCUGCUGAAAUUUUCCAACGUAGUAAGAAAUCCGAGCUUGAUCCCAACGUUGAUAUGCAACUCUGGUAUUUUAAUGGUGGAUUUAUUGUAAAUAAAAGAUCUGGCUUCGUGCUUGAUGUUGUUGAAGCGAAAUGCCAAAAUGGUACGAAAAUUGUUCAAUACCAAAAGCAUGAUGAACCUUCUCGCAGUCAAGAAUGGGAAUACAACUAUAAGGACAAUUCUUUCUAUUUUAAAUUUAAUCGAAAUUUUGUCCUUGAUGUCUCGAGUACUAACAUCAUCCACUUGUGGGAAAAGCAUGGUGGCAAGAAUCAACAAUUCAUUUUGCAAAAGUGGGAUGAUGGUUCGGCAGUUAUUGAAAAUGCAGAAACGAACAUUAUUGAUAAUUUUAAAUUUUUACCAAAAUUAUCACAAAAUUUCCUUGAAAUUUUGGAUGAUGACGAGUAUUAUGAUGUUAAUAUUGAAGUUGGUGAUAACCCUCAUGUAAAAACAUUUCACGCUCAUAUGGUUAUUUUAAGUUACCGUUCUCCUUACCUACGAAGAAAGUUGUCGACUAACAAAAAAAAUAAUGAUGGGACUUUGACAUGUAUUGAAUUACCUAAUAUUUUACCAGAAAUUUUCGAAAUAAUUUUAAGAUACAUUUAUAGCGGAAAACUUUCUUUAAAAGAAAUUGAUCCAUCAAAUAUAAUUAAAUUACUAGUUGCCGCUAAUGAACUAAGUCUUCAGGAGUUAGUUAUCUAUAUUCAAUCCUUUUUAAUUGAAAACAAAGCAAACUGGAUGAAACAAAAUUUUGAUUUAAUAUAUCAAACAAGCUAUGAAAAUGAUUCUUUCCUGGACCUCCAAAAUUAUUGUAAUGGUUUAAUAUCUAAUGAACCAGAUAAGAUAUUCAAAUCGCAAGAUUUCACUUCAAUUCCAGAAAAACUUUUAAUUGCGGUUAUCCAAAAUGAUAAUCUUCAAAUGAGCGAAGUGCAAGUUUGGAAGCAUGUAUUUAAAUGGGGAGUUGCUCAGAAUUCAGCAAAACUUGAAGACUAUUCACAAGACGAUUUUAAUACUUUGAAGAAUACUUUGCGACAAUGCAUUCCGUUUAUUAGAUUCUAUAAUUUAACUUCCAAAGAAUUUGCAUAUGAAGUACAUCCUUAUAAAGAAGUUUUACCAAAAGAAUUAUAUGAAGAUUUAUUAUUGAGUUUUUUGGAUUCUGAUAAUAAGAAAGGUGAAUCAAAACCUCGUAUACCUAGAAAUAUCGAUUCAAGAGAUAUUGAUUCUAAUAUUAUUACAUCUCAACACGCUGAAAUAAUCUCAAAAUGGGUCGGUAAAUUAGAAAUUACUGAUAAAUUAAAUUCUCCAUAUGAAUUCAAAUUAUUAUUUCGUGGAUCCCGUGAUGGAUUUUAUCCUGAAAAGUUUCAUAAAA